AUGGUGGAGGCGAAGCUGGAACCCGAAUCAGCUACAGCGCUGGGAUCAGCGCGUGCGAGAGGGGCGAGCAGUGGCGGCGGGCGCUGGUGCUGCUUAGCGAGAUGUGGGAGGCGAAGGUGUUGCCCAACGUCAUCUCUGUCAUACUGCCAAAUGGGUCGAGCAGUCGCCUUGGACGGGCCCCCUCCAGCGGUCACCGGCAGCAAGCACAGAUACACAAUAGUCAGCUACAACGCUGGGAUCAGCGCCUGCGCGAAGGGCGUGCAGUGGCAGUGGGCGCUGGUGCUAUUAAACGAGAUGAGGAAGGAGAACCUGGAGCCCACUGAAAUCUAUACUACAAUGCAGGGCCCCGCGCGUGUGAAGAAGGCGAUUCGGACCAAAACGGCGUAG